AUGGCGGAGCGCAGAGAGCUCCCUACCUCCGCCAAGCGCCUUUGUUGCAGACCCGGGUAUGGUGCUGGUUGUAGGCCAGAAAAUUUACCCAGGAAAAGACCUGAAAUUUUGUAUCCCAUAAACAAUACUAUUGAAGCUGAUGUUGGAUCCAAUGUCUUUACAGAGUGUAAUGUAUCAAGUUUCAGAGACAAUAUGAUUUCUAUAUCCUGGAGAGUCAAUAAUACUCUAGUUGACAAUCUAUUUAAAGGUAGAAUUAUAGAAGGAAAUCAAACAAAUAUUCCAAAGGAAGGAGCAGAGAUUUUUAUAGUGUCUCUGAACAUCACAGAGUUGAAAAAUGAAGAUUAUGACCAGCACUUUACUUGCCAUGCAGGUGAAGUUGCAGCAUACAUCAAAAUACAGCACCCAACCAAAAACCACGGAGCUUUCGUGAUAUUGAUAUUACUACUGAUUAUACCUGUAUUAAUUUGCAUCUUGUUCAAGAUUGAAAUUGUCCUUUGGUAUCGGAAAUCAUGUCGCCCUUUUUUUCAUAAAAAAGUUUCAGAUGGAAAAAUCUAUGAUGCGUAUGUGUUGUAUCCAAAAAUCAGCAGCCAAGCUGACUUUGUACUGAAAGUACUGCCUGAUGUUCUGGAAAAACAGUGUGGAUAUAGUCUCUUUAUACCUGGCAGGGAUGAUUUGCCAGGAAAAGCGUUAGUCAAUGUUGUUGAUGACACCAUUACGCAAUGCAGGAGGCUGAUUAUGAUUCUAGUACCUGGGCUGUCCAGCUUAGAAGAGGCUCCUGAGCAGAAUAUAGCAGUGUAUCAUGCUCUUAUACCUGAUGGAAUGAAAACUAUCCUGAUUGAAAUGAGUAAGAUAAAGGAUUACAGCCACAUGCCUGAGUCCAUUAGAUACAUCAAGCAAAAACAGGGAGCUAUCAGAUGGAAAGGGGACAUCAUGAAGAAAAACUCUUCUUCGGCAAAUAGUUCCUUUUGGAAAAAGGUCAGAUACCGAAUGCCAUCAGAACAUCAAGCGUCCCAAGAACUAGCUUUGAUGCCAGUACCUUCUGGUGUCUCCCAGAUGAAAGAAGCAUAGUCUUGAGAUCAUUUCAGAAACCCUCUGGAAGGAUGUUUGCAUUGAAGCUGAUGUAACAUGUCCUAUAUGGUAGAGAUGGAUUCCUAAAUUGAUAUGUCAUGUGGGAACUGAUUUUCUUGUUUAUUCACCAGAUUUCUUGUUUAUUCACCAGAUACUCCCACAAGCCAAAUUGUACAACAUUUUCAUUUAAAAAAAUGUAAUGUGAACAGGAUUUUUUUUUUAAAAAAAAAAGAAUUCUUGCUUACAAAUAUGGUACAAAUAUCCUGGCUAAUGUUAUAUCAUCCUUUUAGUUUUCAGAUACCGAUCCUGCCUCAAUAUAUGUUUCCAGGUUCAUCUGAUGAUGACCUAGAUUUCCUGAGCACCUAGUUUACAAUUUUAUUAAAGUGCUUUGUUACUUGUAGAUCCACUUUCCCACAUAUUAACCUUUUAUGCUCUCCUGCAACCAUGUAAUGCUCCUACCCCUUUUUUAGACUCCCAUUUUUAAAUAUGCUUUUUAUUGUUUUCACUUUGUAGUAUAUUGUUUGCAUUUUCUAAACUUUUAUAAGCAUGUUUAGAUUUUUAUUUUUGAUGUAUCCUUUAAGCUUCUUAAAUGACCAGAUUCUACCCUCCUUAUUCUGGUCAGUGUCUCAAAUAAUUCAUUUUGACUUGCUCAGUUUUUUAAUAUAAUUUUUGGAGGUUGCUCAUUUUCAAGAGGGAAAAUUUGCAUGUGCACAUAUACACUUGUGGGAGGUUGCAUUUGUGCUGGCAUCCUGUUUUUGAACUUCUGCUCCCCUUAGUGAGAAUUAAGUUAUGAGUUAGAUAAGCCCUUGAUAUGAUCCAGUCUUAUUUUUGCAGACUGUUUUUGCAAGUAUACCAAUAUAAUAGGCUAGGAGGCCUGAAAUCUUUUGAAUGUCCUAUCAUUAAUAUUCCCUUUUGUUAGCUAUUUAAAGUCUAAGAAAGAGGUCUUACACCCUGUGUGACAGUGCAGAGUAUUUCUCUUCAAACCUACAGACGACUCUUUUUGCAAGGUUCACCCUGCUGCUUUGGAAUUGUUUCCCAGCUACCUCUCAAAUGGGCAUGCACACUUUGCUUCAUCAAGAGACAAAGCUAGGUAACCGCCAGGAGCAACUUCUGAGAACAAUUACACAAGCUGGAACACAGGCGUUUGUCAUUUGAAGAGAGUUGCUUUCUUACACUUCUACAGCAUAAAGUAUCUCUUUGGGCUGCCUAGUACAGCUGUAGUUGCUGUCUGAUGCUCAAGAUGGCUGGGUUAUUUUGGGCUUAUCCUCAACAGCUGCAAAAUGCCAUUUUGUUUGGAACAGGCCAUUUUUAUGAGUUCUUAAAUAACACAUAAACAGUUGAACAUAUCAGUAUCAACACUGCUUUAUAAGUGUACUUAUUUUAUAUGCAUUUCAAUUUUUAACACAGCUGAGAGUCUGUUUUUAACAGUAUGUUUGCAACAUGCUCUUUUUUUGCUUGUAAAUACAUUCUAAUGUAUGUAUAUUAUUUUUUACGAUGUGAACUGUCCAGAAUUGAUUAAAACCAUGUGGAUGUCUAAGCAGAAUUAAAUAAAUGAAUACUCUUUCUCCUUCUAGUCACAGAUGUGUAUAGGUGCUUACUAUAGAUUGACAAAUGUGCUCAUAUUAGGGAUAAGCUAUACUUCAACCUAAUUAAUUUAGUAUUAAUCUAUCCUCAAAAAUGUUUUUUUUUUUCAAAUAAAAAUUACUGGUGAAUUUUUAAAAAUUAUUUUUUUUAAUGAUACGGCGACCACCGAGAUCUACACAUUGAUUGUAAUCAAAACAUUAGGAUAUAAUAUUUUACAUUUGCCAAUAUAUUGGACUAUAAGAAAUUAUUAGCAGGAGUUAAAUAAUUACAUGUGUGAUGAAGCAAAUAAUGUAUAAUAAUGUUUAUUGUUUAAGCUAAAGAUGGUUGCAAAAAAUUAAAAAGGCUUCAUACUAUUGUGAACAAAAUUAUAACAAAGUAUUAAUUAAUUGACUACAAUAUUCAUGAAAAUAUUUCACAAAUCUGUUUAUUAUAUUCAACAAUGUAUGUAAUACAUUGCUGAUUGAAUGUAUGAGAAAUAUCUAAUGAUGCAAACUAUCCAUAAUUAUGGGUGGGGUGUCAGAAAGGCA